AGUUUACAAGUUUGGAAAUCUUCUUCCCUUUAUGAACACACAGCCUUGAUUUUCAACUAAAAUGUUUUAAAGGAAGUGAGAAAAAGAUUUCUUAACCUAGUUAGCUAAGAUUGUCUGAUAUCUCAUUUUUCUUUAAGAUAAAAUCAUCAGAUCCAACGUUCAUAAUUUUUUUUUCUUCUAAUCUGAAUGUCAAAAUGAUGGUGGAUCGGGACAGGAAUAAAAAACUUUUGGACUUGCUCAAGCUGCCAGGAAAUUCAGAAUGUGCAGACUGUGGAGACUCAGAUCCUGACUGGGCAUCCUGUAGCCUGGGAGUAUUUAUUUGUGUGCAGUGUUCAGGGAUCCAUCGUAAUUUACAGUCAUCUGGAAGAGUCAAAUCUGUGCGUCUUGAUUACUGGGAUGAUGAUUCUAUACAGUUUAUGAAAAACCACGGAAACCAGCAAGCAAAUGCUGUAUAUGAAGCUUAUAUACCUCCUUUUUACUACAAACCCAGGGCCAAAGACUACACGGUCUUAAAAGAACAAUGGAUCAGAGCAAAGUAUGAACGGAAAGAGUUUACAUCAAAUAGGAGAUCUGUGUAUGACACAGCACACAAGGAAGGUAUGCUGUGGAAGAGAGGAAGAGACAAUGGACAGUUUUUAAGGAGGAAGUUUGUUUUUUCUGAAGGAUUACUAAAGUAUUACACUAGAGAUGAUAUCAGGGGUCUUAGGGGAACAAUACCCAUUACUACUCUAAAUGCCAUGUUCCAAGGGGAGAAAAUCGGACACCAAAAUGGGUUGGAGAUUACUUUUGUAAAAGAUGGCCAGACAAGGAGCAUAUUUGUGUACCAUGAAAAGAGCGAGGAAAUUGUGGCUUGGUUUAAUGUGCUAAGAGCAGCUCGUUUUAACUACUUGAGGGUAACUUUCCCAGAUACACCUGAUUCAGAGCUCAUACCAAAGAUCACCAGAAAUUAUUCUAAGUCUGGAUACAUGGAGAAAACCGGUCCAACGCAUAAAGAAGCUUUUAAGAAAAGAUGGUUCAAUUUGGAUUCUCAAGAACGUAAACUGUUGUAUUACAAGAAUCCCUUGGAUGCUUUUGAGCAGGGCGGAGUCUUUAUUGGAAACAAGGAGAAUGGAUACCACGUCUCGGAAGGUUUACCUAAAGGGAUCAAGGGAAACAAAUGGGAAGCUGGCAUAAUUAUCAAAACCCCGGAGAGGGAAUUUCUGUUCACAUGUGAAAAUGCCAAGGACCACAAGGAAUGGCUGGAGGCGCUAAGGGUGCUCAUAUCUAAACCUAUGUCAAGGGAGGACCUAAUUGAAGCUGCAAGUUUCCGAAAAAGACGCCCAAGAUAAAAGCCACGUUUUUACCGUAUUGACAUACGACAAGUGUUGUUUGGUAAUAUCUGCCAAAUACAGGAUGAUGGCAUGAAUAUUCCAUGAUUAGCCAUUUAGCUAAUACAGUGUACAAUACACCGGAGCAGCGAAGCACAUAAUGUAAAAUUAUGGAACAAGUUUGUAGGGUCAAUACAUUUUUCUAGCCUGCACAUCUGCAUUUCAGUGAUAAAUUAACAACAGCAAUAUAAUCUUGGUAUAGACUCUAGCCAUCUUAGUGGUUGAAGAUGCCAUUUGUGAUUACACUGUUUAGGAAAAUGACCUUUUGAGACCGAAAGUAUAAACAGCAAACGUUGUUGCGUACCAUUCAAAUAUUCUUAAAUCUUCAUAAGAUUUUUUUAUUUUUUAAAAAUUGUAAAUUAUUCAAUUUUCAAGGUAAUGCAAUCCCUAAACAAAAACUAAAAAAAGAGGACCCUAUCCUAUUUCAAAGACAUGCUCUGCUUUAAAAAAAAAAAAUCCUUUACAAUUUUAAAAGUAACCAUACAAUAUUAGUACAAGCUUGAAAAUAUUUUUUUUUUCUAGUUGAGCUUGCGCAAGUAAAAUAGAAGUAUAUUCCAAUCUUUGCGCAAAUGAAAACAGUGUGAUAAACUAUUUUCAAAUUUGGAAACCUCUCAAAAGAAAAGAUUUUUGAAUGGUUUUCAAAUGACUUUGCACUGUUAGUUUUGAUAGGUUAGUAAAAAUCUAAUUCCAAUUUUUCCUGAAAAUUUAUGCAAGACUUUUAAUGGUUUAGAAAUCCGAUUUUGACCAUUUUCGCGCAGCAUCACAACGUUUUUUUGUGCACAUUUCUUUGGUUGUAAAGCUCCAAUCACAUAUCAACAACACGAUAAGCUACUAGUUUAAUUAAAACAAUAAUCCAGUGAACAAAUCACAUACUUAAACUAUGAAAAAUGUUUACAAAUAUUGACACUAAGGGGUCAAUUUAUUAAAGUCUGGCGGACAUGAUACGCUGUCCGUAUUCAGCAUUGCACAAGCAGUUCUAGUGAACUGCUUGUGCAAUACCGACCCCUGUAGAUUUGCGGCCAAUAGGCCGCAAGCAGGGGGUGUCAAUCAGCCCAAUUGUAUAGGAUCGGACAGAUUGCUGUGCGCAGCCUCAGAGGUGGCGUAUGAGUUAAGUGAGCCUAAAGGCUCGCAUGGAAUCAGUGUGAAUUGGCCCAAUUCGGCCAAAAAAUAAAUUGACCCCUAAAUGAGAUUAAACAGGUUAACUGCUGAUGCCACAAACUGAGCCUGUUAGGACACUAUAAAAACUUGCAAACAAGUUUUUGAUGAUGUUCUCAUUCCCCAUUGGCUGGUUUUCUUUUUUUGCAAAUCCCCUAAAAGCAUUUGAAUUUUUCAGAGACUGAAAUACAGUUUCUAAAGAUGACAAAAAUUAGCUGAUUUUGAAUAGCAAAUUCUGAAAGAUUGGAAUAUACGCUAUAGUAUGUUGGCAAGUACUGGUGUGUAGUAUAACAAAAAUAGCUGUUGUUAUAGUGAAAUAAUUACUAUAAAAACCAGUCUCUGAGGGCAAAGAUUGCACUGGGUUUAAGUUUUUUACCACAAACAGAAAAUCUUUAUAUUAUUAUAUUGAGUUUUUAUAUAUAAUCAGUGUUUGUGCAUUUUUUUUAUUUUAGGGUUCUUUAAAAACACAGUGCAAGAUGCUAUGCAGGAUAUACGAAUGGAGCUGCUACAAAAAACAUCUACCGACAGCAGAUUUUUGUUUAUAGUGGCUCCGUGUUAAUGAUUUUCUCAAACCACUAUUAUUUGAUGGCAGUGUGGGUAACUAAAUAAUAGCUGCAUCUUACAGCUGCCCAUCAAGCAACUUCAGACCCCUGCCACUAUAUAUUACAUAGGUACCAGUGUCCUGGCCCAUUAACCCUAACUGCAUACUCUGCUCACCUUAAAGGGACAGUCUACACCUUAGCCAUCUUAAAGUAUCUUGCCACGUUGUAAUGGCUGCCAAGCACUGCCCACUGAUGAAAUCACAAUCUGGGCUGCAUCUAGGCACUCUGCUGGAAAGCAGUCUGUUGAAACCAACUAGUGAGCAUUUUGUGAUAGGACGUCAUAUGCAGCCCAGAUCAUAAUGUCAUUAGUGGGUGGAGCUUGGCAGCCACUUCAAAGAGGCCAGAAACACUAUUAAUUUUAAAAUAAAGUUUUUACCGUUCCUGCUACAUGAUAUAGAAAAGGUGCUGGAGGCUAUUUGCAGCUACAUCUAAGAUAAGACUUUAAGAUGACUGUCCCUUUAAACCAAUGUAAAGAAGAUCUACAGUCCAUCUAGGAAGGUAUUGGAAAGAUUUUCUUUAUGACUGAAAUUUCAGUCAUCUUAGUUAAUUUGGAUUUAGAUGAACUGAUGCAAAUAAAGUGGAAAUGAUUUUCCUCAGGUGCCAUCAUAACAUAGUAAUGACAGAAUCUUAUCUCUGUAUUUUAUGUAUCAAAUUAUUUUAUUAUUAUUACUCCUCACCUACCAUUUCCUGCUACCCCCCCCCACCUCUUUCCUUUCUCAAAUUGGUCUUCCAAACAUUCUCUCUUUUGUCCCCAAAGGAACACAAUUCCCAUUUCCACUGCACAAAACCUCUCAGUAUGUGCCCACUGCCUCGCUUCCCUCCCUCUCCAUCAUCCCACCCACCCCUAAUUGUAUUUUAUUUUAACACCUGCAACUACCAAAGCUGCUGUGAUGUCACAUCAUAUAUUUCUGGUUUCAAAGCAAAUAGAAGUUAAAAUGCACAAAUCUUAGCACUACUGCAUGUAAACACCCAGUCACUAUAGGUUAUGUUCAUUAGAUAAUUCAAAGACAAAUUCAGAGGAAGUAAAUUAUUCUCUGUCUUUUCUCCCCACAGUCUACACAAAACCUCUCUCUAUCUGCACACUCAAAUUAAAUGAAACACUGGUUGUUUUCCUGUGGUUGGUCAGAUGCCAUGGAGUAUAGCUGCCAUAAAAAGUGCUAUUUAAGCAAAUACGGAAUUUGUGGAAUUGAAACUUUCUGGUUAUUUUUCACAAAGUAUAUUUCACAACUGGCACUUCCUGAGAAGUUGCAAAAUGAACAGACUCUUGGUUAACUGUUACUAUAAUUGUGUAAUAAACUUGUACAUUUAUUAGUAUUGAGAUUAAUUUAUGUGGAUCUAUAUAGACUUUUAGAUUGUGAUGAUUCUAUUUUUAAAAGGCAAUGAUGUCUCAAACAGGGGUACCUUUUUGUAAACAAACAAUAAAGGAUAUAAAAAAAAAUUGAAUAA